AUGGUAGACACCCCGUCAGUGGAAAAGCCCUCUGAUCAGAAUGUGUCUACAAUCGACUCUAUCAACUCUGAUGAAGCAUAUAAACUGCGGUCCGAAGCCCUCGCGACAGACGCGUCGAAAUUAGACAAGGGCUAUUUUCUGAGUCCCAGAAUAGUGGGAUCCUUUGUUGGCACCGGAAUCGUCGUCGUUGCAACAUACUUCCAGUUCCAGGCUCUUGCCGCUGUUUUGAUGUCAGCCGUUUACCCAGAAAUCGGCCCCAGUGCCAACGUAGCUCUUGUUAGCACAGUAUGGAGUGCCGCGCAGCCAAUUGCGCUUCUGCUAUUUGGUCGGCUCAGCGAUCGCUUUGGACGCCGAAACUUUGCCCUGGGUUCUUGUGUGCUGGCUAUCAUCGGUGGUGUUGUAGCUGCAACUGCUCAGUCAAUCGAGACACUGAUCGCAGCUGAAGCCAUAAUGGGCGUUGCAUCUGGAGUACCAGCAGCCUAUCCGCUACUGGCUGGCGAGCUCGUAAGCAACAAGCACAAGUACGUCGGCACUGCUCUCGUCGUUUUACCGAACGUCGUUGCUACUGGUUUCGGUGCGUACAUCGGGUUGGCACUUGUUCAGGUGGCUAAUUGGCGGUGGAUCUUUUACAUCUACAUCAUCAUCAUGAUACCUGGUACUAUACUGUGGUUCCUGUUUUAUUAUCCACCUUCGUACACUCAGCUGCACGGCAAGAAGUCUAGCAAAAUCGCCGAGCUGAAGAAGGUUGACUGGGUCGGUGUAAUCCUCCUGAUCGCCGGUCUUGCCCUGUUCCUGGUUGGCAUCUCUUGGGGUGGUCCGGCUCAGCCAUGGUCGUCUCCGAAGAUUUUGGGGUUGCUGAUUUCCGGCGCUGUCGCAGUUGUGGCUUUUGUUCUCUACGAGACUCUUCUCACGCCUCAGCAGCCGAUUGUCCCGAUGCGCUUCUUCCGCGAUUUACGUGGAUUUACUUGUCUGGAAAUCAUCUCGGCUACAUACGGUGUCAUCAACAUUGCACUAUUUGUCAUGUGGCCGCAGCAGAUUACCUACAUCUUUGGCUCGACCGUCAGCUCGUGGCAAGAAUCUGCUUGGCUCUCCACUACAGCCGCAUUUGGGCUCUGGGGAGGUAUCGUAGUCCUUGGCCCUUUCAUGUCCUGGAUCGGCCACAUCAGGUACCAGAUCCUCGUCUCUUCCAUCUGGAUGACAGCCUUUCUGGGUGCAAUGGCUAGUAUCACCGUCGAGCGUAAGUCCAUGGCGAUUGCGUUCUCCUUUCUCGCCGGCUGGACCAUCGGUUGGGGUGAAGUUAUUGCGGCCAUCAUCGUUCAGUACGUUGUUGCGGACGAAGACCUUGGCGUAGCUUUCUCCGUUAUCUCAGCUUCUCGUACAAUCUUCGGUUCCAUCUUUACCGCAGCCUUCAUCGCAGUAUACACCAACAAGGUCCCUGGAUACAUCGCCUCUAUUGUCCCAAAGCGGGUUCUCGCCGCUGGUCUGCCCGAGUCUCAACUUGAAUCAUUAAUGACAGCCGCUGCCGCCGCCAAUCAAACAGCCCUUCUUGCUAUUGAGGGCAUGACACCGGAACUCCUUCGUACCACGAACAUCGCCGUCAGUGAGGCAUACUCCAAGUCGUACGCUUAUGUAUACUACUUCGCCGUUGCAAUCGGCGUGCUUGCUAUCAUUGCUUCCGUGUGCAUGCGCGACUUCGACAAGUAUUUGACCGACCACGUUUCAAGACAACUGUACCACAAGAAAAUUACUCAUAUAGACCCCCUGGAGAGAGUACACGAACUGAGUCUGAGCAGACAAGGUAAUGGGGUUGAUGAGAAAACUGUAGUCUGA